AUUGAUGUGCCACAAAACCCAAACACUGUGCACAGCUGCUAGCUAAGGAAGCAUAGUAAAGAAAGGGGCGCAGGCCUAGCGUUUGUGACAUUAUUUUUGUUAUAUUUGUAUUUAAGGUGGCUUCGGAACUUGUUGUUACGUUGUUUUUGUGUUCUGUUGUAACUGAAGUAAGCUGGGGUUGUCUCAUGGUUUUACUGAAAACUGACAAAAAGUAGAGUGAACAGGUUGGUUUGAUGUGCGUGGCAUCAAGACAAGAAGCACCAUGAGUGCGGAGCUGGAUGCCCUGACCGUGGUGAACCAGCUGCGAGAUCUUGCUGCAGACCCCCUGAACCGAAGAGCCAUAGUAGAAGACCAAGGCUGUCUGCCAGGUCUCAUUCUUUUCUUGGACCACCCCAACCCUCAGGUCGUCUACUCUGCACUAUUGGCCGUGCGCUACCUGGCAGAAUGUCGAGCCAACAGGGAGAAGAUGAAGGGCGAGCUGGGCAUGAUGCUGAGUUUGCAGAAUGUCAUGCAGAAGAGUACGUCGCCAGGGGAGACCAAACUGCUGGCCUCUGAGAUCUAUGAGAUCUUGCAGUUGGCUGGUAUAGAAGAGGCCGAACAGGCCGAGGCAGCCGCGGCGUCCUGCCAGCGUAAAGCCCAGUUCUUCCUGGGCUCCAACAACAAGAGAGCCAAGACUGUGGUGCUGCACAUUGAUGGACUGGACGACUCUACUCGAAGGAGCCUUUGUGAAGAUGCGUUGCUGAAGAUUCGAGGGGUGAUCAGCUUCACCUUCCAGAUGGCUGUCAAGAGAUGUGUUGUCAGGAUCCGCUCCGACCUUAAAGCUGAGGCGUUGGGCACAGCAAUCAACUCCACCAAAGUAAUGACGGCGCAGCAGGUGUUGAAGAUGGCGAAUGGAGGAGAGCGGAUCUUGCCAUUCCACGAGGACUCUGAGGGGCAGGUAGAGGAGAACACAGACAUCCCAGACUACCUGCCCGAGGAGGAGAGUCCGUCCCAGGAGCAGGACAAAGCCGUCACACGCGUAGGCUCCAUCACAGACGGCAUGGGCUGGCUCAACACGGCCGCCAACUUCCUGACCCGCUCCUUUUACUGGUGACCACUUCCUGUGUUUCUCUCUCUGCUCCCUGUUUUCUCUAAAGUACCAUCCAGCUGCAGCCUUAGCGUGUCGCAGCUUUGUCCCGGACUGAGCCCUGCCUCGCGGCCCCCACACUAGUCUAGACUCCCCUCUGCUAAGCACACAGAACCCGGCCGCCAUGUGUGAGCAACAAGUGCUGGACUGCCAAGUGGAACCUGCAAUAACUUUAACUUGUGUAUAUAUUGAGCUACAAAUCCCACCACUGGCUGUAUGUGCACAACUAUAUACUAGCUGCAUACGUAUCUCACCAGACAUAGCCAGGGGACUUCCAAUCGGCCGGAACCAAAUAGCAUUCUGGGAGACGUGUGGCGGGCGUAUUGAACUGAGGCUGAUUCUGAAUCAUGGAAAUUGGGAGUUUCUUUUUUCUGUGUGCAUGACUUUUGGUUGCUUUCCUCCUGUCGUCUAGUCCCAAUCGGUUUUUCUCGUGACUAUACAUAUUUUUCUUUUCAUAUUUUUCUUAAUUGAUUUAUUCCCCCCCCCCCC